UUUACUCCAUCUGAUCUUGCCUCUCGAAACUAUUGGCUUCUGUUAUUCAAUAGUGUCAGUGAUUGUCUUGCGAAGAAAAUUUGGAGUUGUGUUACGAACUAAACAUAUAAGCAAUCAUGUUGAGGUCACGUCUCAUUAGUGUGCCGAAAGUUAUUAAACGUAACAUUAGCACCAACGUUCCUGCUUUGCAGAAAGCAGUUGAUCCCAUACAGCAGCUCUUCAUUGAAAAACUUCAGCAAUAUAAAUCAAAAAGCGUAAGUGGGAAAUUAGUUGAUCCCAGUCCGGAUAUUAUAAAAGAACGAGAUUCUGAAUUAGAAAAACUUAACAACCAAUAUGGUGGUGGUCCAGGAGUAGAUAUGAAUCAAUUCCCUCAGUUUAAAUUUGUUGAUCCACCUGUGGAUAUGGGUAUUAAAAAGUGAACAUGUAUGUAGUGAUAUAUAUCAUAGGACAUUCAUGUAUUGUUGAACUAUUAAAUAUUAAGUCAUCUUAAAAAUAUAGCUGUAAAUUAUA